UCUGUUCAUUCUAUUUUAGCAUUAGAGAAUUAUCCAAAUCGAAUAAAUUUAAUAUCAAAAUACAUGGAACUCUUAUAAAUUGCUAUCUUCUCAUCAUCAACUUCAUGUUCUCUCGCCAUUCUUUCUGGUCUACGAAAGCUAAGUACUAGUAAAAUUUUCUGUAAACACAACCAAUCAUGCCUUCUGGUCCAAAGAAGAGGAGGGCAUCAAAGAGGAAGAAGGGUCCCAACGGAAGAUUUAUAGAUCCUGCAACAGGUGAAGAAGAGAAUCAUGUUGAGGUGCAUGAGAGCGUAAACAAUGAAAGGGAAAUGAGUUUUGGUGAUAAGGCUUGUCACGCUGUUGAUGAAAUGGGUUUAAAGGAAUCUCAGUCUGUUGAUAUUCAAACGGGUCUUAAAGAGAAUGUAAAAGAAAAUGAAGAUGUUCCAGUUCUUAAGAAAUCUGAAUAUGUUGAUAGAGCCCUUCUGCAUGCACCUCUGAAUGAGCCUAUCUUAAAGAAUCCCGAAGAAAAUGGAUAUGGUGAAGUUGUUGAAAGUGCAUCUCAAGAGUCACCGGUUGUUAUGAAGGAGUGUGAAGAGACUUCCAUGCGAGGUGUUCUUAAAGAACGUUUAGAAGAGCCAAUUGGACGUUCUUUAGAUGAAGCACAAGAAAUGGUGAAGACAGUUAACCGGUCGAUUAAUCUACCUUCUGAAGAGGGUCAAGAUUUGUCUGUUUCGUCUAAAACGAAUGUUGAGAAAUCCUUAAAAGAUGAUCAAGAUUCUGUGGUUGAAGAUGUUGUUGAAAGAAACAAAUUUACUGAAGUUGGUGAAAGUGAUGAUCAUGUGAAUGAAGUUGUGUCAGUUAUUAAGGAGCGUGAAGAGAUGUCGACAGAAGUUGUUCUUAAAGAUUCUUUUGAAGAGCCAACUGAAAGUUCUUCACAUGAAUUAUCGAUACCUAAGAAAGAGAUUCAGGAUUCUUUAGAUGAGCCAGUUAUUGAAGUGGAUGUAGAGACAAUAUCCUUCGAAGAUGCUCCAGAUUCUUUCGAAACACCACUUGGAAGCCCUUCAAUGGCGGACUAUAUGUCACCUAUUGAAGGCGAUGAUCAUUUAAUCAAUGGUUAUAUGAACCAGCAAUUUCAACGUUCUUUACCUUCAAAGUCGAUACCUUUGAGUAAAGUUCAAGAUCCUUCUUUACAAUCUGAGUCACUUAAUGAAGUAAAUGUACAAAUAUCCAUGGAAGAUUCUCAACAUUCCUUCAAAGAGUCAGCGGGAAGCUUUUCUCAUGUUGACGUGUCUUAUGUUCAAGAAAAUAAGGAAUGUGCUGAAGUUGGUGAAAAUGCAUGUAAUGAUGACUUAGUUUUGAAGGAGAAUGGACAUAUGUCCAUGGAAGAUCCUUUUGUAGAGACAUCGUUAAAAGAUGGUCAAGAUUCAUUCACAGAGCCACAGGGAGACUUUCCUAUGGAUAAUGUGUCUUCAAUGGAUCAUGAUCUUCAACAAAUGGUUAAUCAUGUUGACUCAGUUAUGGAAACGAAUGCAGACACCUCCUUAGAUGAACAUGAUUCUUCAGACAAUGUUCAUAUAAAUGGUUAUGGGGUUGAGCAAAUUGAACGUUUUCCACAUAAGCCACAAGUAGGGUAUAAGACAGAUGAGUCAGUUAUAUCAGCGCAUAUAGAGACAUCCUUCAAAGAUGCUCAAGAUUCUUUGAAAAGGUCACUAGGGGACUCUUCUAUAGAUGAUGUGUCUUCUAUGUAUCAUGGUCAACCACAAAUGGUUAAUGAUGUUGAGUCGACUAUAAAAGAGGAUGAAGGGAUUCCAAUAGAAGGUGCUCUUGAAGAAAAUUUCAAAGAGCCAAAUGUAGAUACAUCCUUCAAAGUUCCAUUAGGAUUAAUCUCUUCUUCACAGGUUAAUGGGUCUCCUGUUGAAGAUAGUGGUCAAAGGAAUGACAUGGUUGGACUAGUAAAGACAUUGUUGGAAGAGAUACGUCGGAUAAGAGCAUUUUAUGAAGAGGGUCUAUGUCAAACUAACGAUAUACAUUUGCGUAUUUGUCGAGUUUUGGAAAAGUUUGAUUCAGGCGAGAUAAUUUGAAGAUGAUACUCUAGUAUUCUCAAGUUUUUGUUUUAACCUUUUCAAUAUCUUUUAUUAUUAGUACUACGGAUAUUGAUUAAACUAGCUAAUAAGAAUUUUAUCACAAAUAACGUUUUUUUUGGUAAAUUAACAAUUUUCACUGUAAGAUUGUAUUUCGGAUUCCAAAGAAGCCUUCGAGUUGACAUUUAGAAAUUUUUUAUUGAUGGGAUGAUUUAAUUAAGGGAUUUUCUAAUAUGUGCCCUAAGGCACACAUAAGAAAUAUUAAUUAUGAAAACUUUUUAUAUGU